GAUAAGUUUGUCUUUGACUUGUUGAACGAUCAGCUGUGUUUUGAAAAGUGUGAAAAGUAUUAAUAAUAAAAAAAAAAAUUAAUAACGUCCUGUACCGAAAAAUAUCGAAUAAUUAUCAAGUAAAAUGACUACGGCUGCAAGACCUACGUUUGAACCUGCUAGAGGAGGACAAGGACGCGGUGAAAAAGAUCUAAGUGCAAUAUCAAAACAAUAUAGCAGUAGAGAUUUACCGUCUCAUACAAAACUAAAAUACAGAGAACAUGGUCAAGGAACAGUGGAAGAAUUGCGAAAUCGUGAUUUUCGCAAAGAAUUGGAAGACCGUGAAAGGGAAAAGGAAAAAGGUUCUAAUCGUCGUAUGAUAGAGCCACCUCGAGACACUUCUACAACAAGUGCUAAAAGACAAAAAAUUGAUCAAGUACCUACAGCAAGUUUAGACGCAGAUGAUCCCCUUGAUGAUGACGAUUCAGAGUCAGAAAGCGACGAAGAUGAUACUGCUGCUCUCUUAGCUGAAUUGCAACGUAUUAAAAAGGAAAGGGCUGCAGAACAAGCUAAAAGGGAGAUGGAGAAGCGACAAGAGGAGGAAAGAAUAAGAAUGGAAAACAUUCUUUCAGGAAAUCCUUUAUUAAAUUAUUCAUCUCAGAGUGGAAGAACAGAUAUGAAAGUUAGACGGCGAUGGGACGACGACGUUGUUUUCAAAAAUUGUGCUCGUUCCGAACCGAAGAAGAAGCACGAUAUGUUCAUAAACGAUUCGUUAAGAAGCGAAUUUCACCGCAAAUUUAUGGAGAAAUAUGUUAAGUGAAAUAACUGCCGUAAAGAAUAUACGGUGUCUGUACAUAGUUUUAAGUUAAUAUUAUCAUAUUACCUGUAAGUGCCCUACGAUAUAAAUUAGCAGUACGAAAUAACGUACGAAGUUAAUCUUGCAAAUUCAAAAAAGAAGUCCCACGAACAAUUGACUUCUCGCAAGCACGUUUCAUUAAACUAUACUAUUAAUUCUACGCAUGUUCGUCUACGAAUUCGUUGUAAUCAAGAAAAUCUACAACAAGAAUUAAAUUACAAACAACAACAAAAAAAAAAUAACCAACACCGUACAGUAGUUUUAAUCUAAAGAUAUAGAGGCGUUCUCCGUGUCGCGAGAUUUUUCUUCGGUUCCUAACGAAAUUGAACGGAUCGCGGUCCACUGUUGCCCCACGGAUCUCCUCGAGUAACGUGUUCGAUCGACAUCCAGCAGGGCCUACUCUAGUAACUCGACGAAGAAGUCGUUAAAUUCUUCAUAUGUAAAAAUAAGCCUACAAAUAUUGGACGCGGGAAAAAGGAAAAAGAGUAGGGUGAGCCAGAGUGUGGAGUGAGGCGAAUUGAGGUAGCGUGUAUCGGUCCGGUGAUCGUUGAUUGUACGAGAGAGGGAAAGAAAAAGAGAGAGAGUGGGGGGAGAGAAAGAGAGGGAGCGAGAGCGAGCUAACCAAGUGUGCUGGAGUUUGUCCAGGCAAUGUAGGUAUGUGUUUCGGUAGCGGUGCGAUCCGGCCUCGGCGGUGGUGGUGCUGGCGGCGGCAAGCGCGUGUAAACCGCUGGGUCAAGUAUAACCGGUCCCAGGGUCCCCGGAGCAGCCGGAGGCAGCAGGCAGUCUACCGGUACGACGCGCAGCUGGUUAUCGCCGGUAGACUCCCUGGCACCGACCUGGCCAACUAACGCAACAGGGACACACGAGGGGCCGGCCUGACUCGACCGGCGGAGAGACAGAGAAAGAGAGACGACCGUUCACCGGUAGAUCGCCUCGAGAUGAUUUCUGGGAAGAGAUAUGUCGUACGUUACGGUACGGCUGAUCGGUUUUCUGCGUGGUUAAAUUCGUCAUCGCGUAUCGCCGAUUCCAUCCGUUUCUCAUCUCGAACCUUCAAAUUAUUUACGGGAGAGACAGCACCACCACACCGGUGUCCCGGAGAUCUAGCGCCCGUACCAAACCGAGCGAUCGUCGUCAGGCGGUUACGUGUUUCACUGCCUUAAUGGGCCACAAUUAGUAUUUCGUUCCGAGGGAACUCUGUAGAGAUUCGUAUCGUUUCGUACGGAUCGGCGUAAGAAAGAAUUCAGCGAAGAUACAC